AUGGACGACGACCCUGAUCCUGAUCUGCAAACCGAAACACCUGGCCAUCCUAUCAGCAUAUCCAACAGUUCUCCAUAUCAAGGAUCGUCGUACCAAGGGCCUGAUUCUUUUGCCGAAAGGUGGGCCACGUAUGAAUGGGCAUUCACCCCUUCAUAUCAUAACUCUCCUGCUCAACCUCCCUUGGAUGAUCCGCAACUUCAAGCAGUUUCUCCACCACCUCUACUUGUUGAGGAGCCACCUCAACAACCACCUCAACCACCUCCCGAGCCGCCAAGGCGAAGGAGGAAUGCACGAAUCUCAAUGCGAGGGGGACCAUGGUUCAGUUCCCCUCAAGGCUCAAGUUCUUACCCUCCUAUCACCGAGGACUCCCAUAUGGGUAGACCCUCGCACGUGGUGCGGGAAAGCGAUCCUCUGCCCGUUUCUUAUGCACCACACCACCGCCAGUGGGUUUCAACAAAUAUUAGCUUACCCAGGUUCUUCUGGGUAUAA